ACGCGUGUUUCGGAUAAAAGCUGCGAGAAGCUCAGGUCUGACAUCUCCCUGCCGACUAGCCGACUCGCAUCCGCUGCCUCUCCUACGACUGCCUGAACACAGAGAUGUCGUUAGCUGGAGUCUACUUUAUUCUUUUCCUAGCAGUUCUGGCUGGAGUUCACAGUGAGUCAUGGACUGAAGAAACCUGUGACAGUAAGUACGAGGAAUGCGAAGAUCUCAUGUCGGCUCCAGAUCCGCUGGAUGAAGAAGAGAGAUGCUAUCGCUACAACCAGACCAUUCGCUGCUUCGAUGUUUACUUUGAGGAAAACUGCAUCGGGCAAGCACUCCUCGCCACAUUUGCCAGGAACAGGACAAUCAAAACAAAGUACUGCCCCGAUUGCUCGUCUGAGCCUCUGGGAGACUGCAUCGGGUCAUUCUUCACUCCGGUUUCUACUCCCUCGCCUUCCGUGACAACGCCACCCCCCGGCUGCAGCUACAGCCCUCCUCUGCACCUCUUUCCCCCCUUCACCAGUCCUCCUCUCCCAGAACUGGGCUCCCCCUCUCUCUCCCACCUUCCCCUCUCCACCGAGUGCUCACUCCCUACCCACGAGACCCACUACAAGCAGCACUGCAGCAUUUUCUCUCUCUCACAUCUUCGUCCGUUCAGUGACCGAAGCCUCCCACUGCAGACAUGUGUUCUGUACGGCAGUGUGUACCUAAUCAAGCACAAGAAUAUGUCCGUAUCUGUCAGUGGAGCCUUUAAGACUGGAACAGUUGGAUAUUACACUGACAUAACUGAGGUCAACGUGACUUUGCACGGCUGUAGUCCUGGCAGCAGUUUCAACUACAGAGCAACAGUGACAGAGCUACCACAACCCCUCCCUUCUCCAGGUGUCCACGUAUCUGUCAAUAAGACAGUUGCCACCAUUUCUGCACCAGGAAUCAAUGCCACUAUCAUCAUCCACCAGAUGGAGGGUCACCUAUCAGUCUCACUUCAGGUGCCUGAGCCUCUCACACGACCCAAUGAGGUCACGGGACUCUGCAGCGAGGGUUGCAGUCAGGGAUUUCUCGUGGAGGACAGCGACCUAAGUCUUCCAGGUUACACUUGUCCGGGGAACCGAGCAGGUGCCUCGAUCAUGUGCCUCCGUCUGGGGCUGAGCGUGCCUCCUGUUGGCAGAGUCACAUACAGUCAGCUCUGUCUGUAUGACAUUCUCAUGACGCAUGACGUCGUCAAUCUACUGUCCCUGUAUUCUGUCCUGGACGAGGACGUGCGUCUGCUGCCCGACGUCACGGAGAUUAUCAUCAUUCCAACUGACCCUACUCCUGAAACUACAGCUUCUUCAGAGAAACCGCAGGCAGUGUCCUCCGUUGUGAUAAUGCCACCAACAGACGAAGGACUUGCUUCACAAUCUGUCUCCUCCGCACACCCCUUUUUCUCCCUAACCCUCCUCUCCCUACUCCUCUCACUCUUUAUCAGAUAGCAAACCAUCUUCACAUCAGAAAAUUGGCCUAUUUCACAUCCAUUCUCCUGAAAUGUUCAACCUCCACAUCCCUCCCCCUCAUUUCCCCUCCGACUUCAAUGUCUAUUUAUUCCAGAUUUUCGUGUCUCGCCAUUUUAGACCAUUAUAUCUCUACUUUAUGUCGCAGUGUGUGUAAACAUUAUUUUAACCAUUUUGUCUUGAUUUGCAAUUGAUUAUGUAAUUAAUGCUCCAUUAUAUCACUCAGAACAUCUUGUAUAUAUACCAAAAUAUAGUGACCAAUCUGUCAUAAGAACAUAUAUUAUUUGAGAAAAGUCAGUUGUGUAAGCGAUGAACCAAACAGAGAGUUUCGCAACUUGCUACAUGCGUCAGAUAUUGUGCGAAGGGGCAGUUGCCUUCAGUUUUGGUGCCGUAAAACCUGCUAUACUGACAAGUAAGCUCCCCCUCUUCCCUCCCCGCUCCUGCAGUAGAGAAAGAGUUAAACAGUUUUCAGUACAAUGUACUGUGCUGCUCACACUGUGUCAGAACUAACCUCUCCCACAAGAGCUAUUUCUAUCAAAUCAACAAAAAGAACCGCGUCCCUUUACAGCAGGAAAUUUAAGAAAAUCGGACACAAAGUGCGUUGCCACCAAGAAUGCAACACAGGGUGCAGGCUGUGCAUGCGGGGGUGUGGGAGGUGGAGAUGCCAUACAAGGCCAGGAGAAGGUGCCGAGGAAUGCUGGGAAUGUUCUCAGCACACCUGCAAUCUUCCAUUCACAAUCACACAUUCCAAUCAACGGCCUGAUUAGAUUAACCAGCCAC